AUGAAGUAUUUAUUGUUUUCCUUGAUGCUGUCUUUCUAUUACGUAGAUGGAGUCAUUUCAACAGAAAUUGAAGAUCCGUAUCAAGUUUUGGGUAUUUCGCGCAAAGCCACCAUCAAGGAAAUCAAGCAUGCUUAUAAAGCACUAGCUAAAGAAUGGCAUCCAGACAAGAACGAGAAACCGAAUUCACAUGAGAAAUUCAUGGCUAUCACACGUGCUUACGAGGUUCUGUCAGAUCCAUUGAAAAAGGAACGCUACGAUAAAUUUGGUUCAUUCGACGACCCACCUUCUAGUCAUUCAUACACACAUCAUCCGUUUGAUGACUUGUUUGGUUUCGGUUUUGGUGGUUUCGAUAAUGGCAACUCUUUUUUCCAAAAGCACCGUAUCUCCAUGCGGUUAUUUUCUCAUACAUUAUUGGAACGCAGCUAUUUUCAACCAAUCAUAAUAUUUGCGUAUUCCGGUUAUUGUCAGCUUUGCUUCCAUUUGGAACCUAUUUGGCAAAGUGUAGUAAACGAUCUUGAACCACUUGGCUAUGGCAUUGGUACAGUUAAUGCAAUCACCGACGGUAAUUUGUUGGAAAAAAUACGAAUCUCGCGGCUACCAUCUAUUGUUGUGAUCGUUGAAGGACGGGUUAUUCAUUAUCGAGGCUCAAUGCAACCACUUUCUGCCAAAGCCGUUCGCGUUUUUGCGCGUGAUGUAAUCCCAAAUACUUUCUUAUGUAAAAUCACAAACCAUGAUGGCUUGCGACGUUUUAUUGAUCAGUGGCAAAGUUCGAAUAGGAUUUCUGUUGUAAUCUUUGGAAGUAAAGAAAAUCCUCGAAUUCGCUACAUGCUUACUGCAAUGAAAUACUCAACUUUUACACGAUUUGCUUAUGUUUACCUGAGUGAUCAGAGUACUGAAAUUGUAAAAAUGCGACAAGCUUUAGAUAUUACAUGUUUCAACUGUGAAAAUAUUCUGAUUUUUAACGAUUUCCCCCAAGAAGGACCGAUUGCUCGUCUUUCAGUUAGUAAUGGUCAACAAUUUCAUGUCGAUGCUAUAGGAGAAUUUAUUGAACAUAAUAAACAUCUUACUUUACCAAGGCUUUCGAGUCAGUCUUAUUUCGAUGACCUUUGUCCGGUUUCAUCACGAGCCUUGCGAAGCCUCUGCGUUAUUCUUAUGGCAACGGAUUCAUCCAGCGAUCUGUCGCAGAUUGCAUCUUUUCGCAACUUCGUUCGCAAUCGAGGAGGUAAUUUCAAGAAUGAAAGACUACAGUUUGCAUAUGUUUAUGUCAGCAAACAAAAAGAAUUUGUUAUGACUUUCUUCGAUCGAUUAUCACCAAGAGAACGAUCCUCCUUGCAGGAAAGUGGACGUGGUUUGCUGAUUCUUUGGCGUUAUGAUCAGAAGAAAGUUCGUUUUGCUUGGUUAAUAAAAGAAAGCAUUAAUGAAAGUGAUCUUCAGUUGGAACUGGAGCGUUAUAUCAAAGGAGUCGCGAAAUUAGAUUAUCAAACAGCUCUUAAGCCAAUAUUAGAUGAAUAUCGGCCAUCAUGGUUUUCUCGCAUUUCGCGCACUGCUGUACGGAUGUUUGAAGCUACAUGGUUUAAUCUUACUAAGGAAGAAGCUUUGCCGUUGUUGAGUGCUAUAGGAACAUUGCUGAUCAUAUUUUUUAUCGGUUAUGGAUUGAGUUAUGCAAGCUCACUGGAAGAAAAAUCUCGCAAUUAUGUUUCGCAGGAAAUAAAGAAGGAUGUUAAACGAAAUGUUGAUGAUGAUGAUGACCAGUGGCAUCCUGAAGAUCCCCGUGUCGGGCCCGGAAUUAACAAUAAUCGAUCGCGAAUGCUCAGAAAACAGCAAAGAAUAAUGCGCGAAAUGGAACCAAUGAUGCAUGAAUUGAGAGCAGAAACAUAUUUUGGAAUGAUCAGACUCUUGAAGCCUGGAUGCCGAUCGAUCGUCGUUCUUGUUGAUGAACAGUCAAAGGAUAUUUUACUACCACAGUUUGCCAAGCAUGUUUGGCCAUUUAGAAAUAACAAAACAUUCUCAUUUGGCUAUUUAAUGGUGGAAAAAAAUCUUCCUUGGUUCCGCAAGCUUUUGGAGCAUACAUUACCAGCUGAAAGUGGACGAAAUGAAGAUGGAUCAUCAAUGUAUGAACGCUUGAAAAAUAUAAAUCCUCGAAAAACCCUAGGAACUGUGCUUGUGUUGUGUGGUUGGAAAUUAUAUUUUAACAUGUAUCACCCGAUGCACACACCACCUGGGAAAAAACAUUUUCUGGGUUUCGAUGAUGAUGGUAAAGAUUUUAGCAGUGAAGAUUCCGACGUUGAUAAAGCAUCUCGAGAAGAGAUGCAGACUUUGCGGAAAAGGCAACAUAUAAAAUUGGAAAACGUGUUAGAUGCUCUUUCGAAUUGGUUGGAUCGUUUGGUAGAAGGUUCUAUUAGACGAUAUUAUGUACCCGAGUGGCCUAACAAUUUGCGAUAA